AUGCAACAAUUAACAGUAUUCAUGGAUAUCGAAAGUUCACGUUCUUACAUUGACGAGCUAUAUUCGUCGGAUCCUGAGAGAAUCGUUGAGGCAUUGGUGAUGCUGAAAAACUCAGUUAUAGGAAGUAAUAGACAGAAGAGUUCAGUGAUACAACAGGGAGUAGUUCCGCGUCUCCUACAGCUGAUGUCUGAUGAUACCAUGGACCCCAUCAUAAAACUUGAAGCUACUAUCACAAUCGGUUCUCUAGCAAAAGGCACCACAGAAAAUGUCAGAGCUCUGGUUGACCAAGGAGCAGCUACAGCCUUAGUAAAUCUUCUGAAAUCAGCACCAUUAGGCACAAAGGUGGCAGAAGCAGGGUUAUGUGCCUUGCGAAGUGUCUUCAUGCACCCACCAGCUCCAGUGUCAGCAUUGCCAGCAGAAACGAGUUUGCUGGCCAGAUUGACACAAAUAGCCUGCGAUGGUACCCCAACAGCGCGCACGUGCGUCGUCCGAAUACUUUCCAUCUGGUGUUGUGGGACCGCAGAACAAGAGGCGUUGUGUGCAGCGGGCGCAUGCGAGGCAGCCGCUGCAUUAAUGGCAUCGGCUCCUCCCGCAGCACCUGCGUUACCUGCCCUGGACUUGUUAGCGAAUAUGUGCUUUGAAAAUGCUAAUGUGUCACAAGUAGCACUAAAAACAAAGCAUGGCGACAAGACGAUACCGGAAUUGUUGAUGUCACUGGUAUCCCGGGACAAACCAUUAGUGGUAGCUAUGGGCGCCGCGCGAUGUCUCACCUUCAUACAUCGAGCAGGAGCUUUACCGGCUGACGACAGCAGAGUGGUGUUCGGUGCAUUACCAUGUUUAGCGAGGCUAUGUACGAAGGAGAUGCCCGAGGACAUCAGGGCGACUGCUGCGGAGGCCUUAGCAUAUUUAGCAGAGGUCGACACAUCAUUACAACGACUAGCAGCAAUUUCAAAUCAUUUAAUGACAUCAUUAGCAGACAUCGUCAAUUGCCAGUCAGCGGCCGCUAAACAAGGAGCAUUCAAAUGCUUUGCUUCACUAGGUGCUAACGAUGAAGAUAUCAGGAAGAGAAUCAUAGAGACCCAUGGACUAAUGGUGCACGUAAUCAAUGGAAUGAACAAUCCUGAACCCUUGGUACGAUUAGCAGCAGUGAGAUGUUUGCAUUCUCUAUCAAGAUCAGUGCAGCAGUUACGAACGACCUUUCAGGAUCAUGCUGUAUGGAAACCUUUAAUGCAAUUAUUAAACGAUUCGCCUGGCACAGAACUACUCACAGUUGCUUCAUCUACACUCUGCAAUCUAUUGCUCGAGUUUUCACCAGCCAAAGAGCCAAUGUUGGAUCAAGGUGCAGUAGAAAUAUUAUGUAAUUUAACGAAAAGGCCAGAAUCUGCAUUGAGAUUGAAUGGAAUAUGGGCGCUUAUGAACAUGGCUUUUCAGGCCGAACAAAAAGUGAAACAACGCAUUCUGUGUAGUUUAGGCACGGAGCAGAUGUUUCGGUUGCUGGGAGACAGCGACACGCGAGUGAUCAUGAAGACCCUAGGAUUGUUGCGAAACUUGUUGUCAACCAGACACCACAUAGAUGCCAUCAUGAGCGAGUACUCCUCCCAAGUUAUGCAGGCGGUGAUAGUAGUGCUAGAAGGCUCAUACCCAGCUGAAGUAAAAGAGCAGGCACUUUGUAUCCUCGGUAACAUUGGUGACGGAGAGAAAGCAAAAGAUCUUAUUAUGGCCAACGAAGAUGUUCUCAGAAAACUAGUCGAUUAUCUGGCGCACCCCGAGAGCAAGCUGCAGGAGGCGGCGCUGUUCGUGGCCACGAACCUGGUGUGGCGCGGCGAGGCGGGCGCGGCGGCGCGGCAGGCGCGGCUGGCCGAGCUCGGCGUGCUGCGCGCGCUGCAGCUGCUGCGCGCGCGACACGACGCGCACCACCUGCACGACAAGGUGAAGACGGCACUGGCGCAGUUUAACGACUUCACAUAA